CAGCCAGUCUGAAAUAUGAACACGUUUCUGAAGAUUUUCCUAUUCAACAGACUCCAGAAGAAAUACUGGGGACGUGAACUGGAAGACAAUGUACCCCGUGCUUCCUUCAGUGAACUUUUUCAAAGUGACUCAUCUCUGCUAGCAUUUCUGGAAGACUUGGAGACAUUGGGAGUGGUGUUGGUGUCAGAUGUACCGACAGAAGUGGAUCAAAUUCAUCUCCUCAGCAAUCACAUCGGACAUAUGAAAAAAACACACUACGGUUUGAUGUGGUUGCUGCCCGAUCCCAAUAAUCUUGCGUACACUGGUGACAGCCUCGACUUGCAUACAGAUCUGCCUUAUCUGCAGGACAAACCUGGAAUACAACUUUUACACUGCAUUAAGCAAUUCACUAGUGAGGGUGGUGAUACCCAACUGGCGGACGGGUUUUCUGCAGCUCUGAAACUUCAAGAGAUGAACCCGAAAUAUUAUGAAAUACUUACACAAACUAUGGUAGACUUCGUGGACUUCGGGAUCGAGGAUGGGAGGAAGUUUUACGCAUCCUGGAGAGCAUUGAGAUUAGCAUUGUUCCCAUUGCCUGUAAUUCAUUGUAACAUGCUUCGUUGCAGACUGGAUGCCGAAGGUACUGUCAAAAACAUAAACUGGAAUCAGAUGACGCGCGAUUCUUGUUUCGGCGUUUCCUCAGAAGCAGCAACAUUGUGGUAUGAAGCUACUCUCACCUUCAGGGACAUCAUUCAGGAUGAAAACAAUCUUAUUACCCGAAAACUACAACCCGGGGAUUUGCUUGUCUUUGACAACCUACGCGUAUUGCAUGGUCGGACAGGAUAUAACGCUAUGCAGGGUGAGCGCCGCCUUCAAGGGUGCUACUGGGAAUGGGAUACAGUCAGCUCCUUCCGUCGAGUGCUUCGUAGAGAGAUGACAGCUUAAAUUUUGGUUUCAAAAUCAUUAUUGACAAGGCUAAAUCUGCCCGCAGAGAGGACAGUUUCUAUGUUCAGUGGUCACCACAAAAUUUCUGUAUGUGUACCCAUCCUAAUCUAACCUAACCGGGACGAGUCUGACGUAUAUUUCCAGUCUGAAAGAAUAAUUGCCAGUCACUUUUCAACACAUCAGACUGUUUAAAGGCUAGAUUAUGUUAAAUUAUGACAAGUUGUUUAGAUUCAGGGAUAUGAAAGGCGAAUCUUAAAACUUGUUUGAAAUCAUUAUAAUGUUAAUGGUAGGUAUAGAUCCUGUUAACCAUAACAAACGAAAAAAGACAAGGUGUAACCGAAUGAUGACGAACGUCAGCCACAUUCUUUUAACAUUUUGAUUAUAGUCUCCAAAUAUGUUACUCAGCUAUCAUGUAGCAUAUGAAUAUUUACAAUACACAAUAAUUGGCGUUCACAAAACUUUUAUAGCAUAUAAUCAUGAAAUAUAACUUCAUACUAGAUAGACUGUGUUGAGUGAUUAAAAAUAUCAUAGUUUAUAAUACAACGUGGCUUGGGCAACAUCUGCCACACAUAUUCUUUUCGAGAUAUUAUUAUUAUUAUUAUUAUUAUUAUUAUUAUUAUUAUUAUUAUUAUUAUUAUUAUUAUUAUUAUUAUUAUUAUUAUUAUUAUUAUUAUUAUUAUUAUUAUUAUUAUUAUUAUUAUUAUUAUUAUCUUUUUUUUCGCAAGUAUUAGACUACGAAACUUAUCUAAUCUUUACUAUUAGGUGAUAACAACGACCCACAGUAUCGUUAUUAUCGUGUUAGGAGCAUUUAUUACAAAGUGUUAGCGCUAUUAGUAGCGAUAGCUAUAUUGCAUAACCCCUUCUUAUAAACAGGUCAUAAAUCACUCAGUUCACAGUUGGAGUCGCCUUAUGAGUUUUUUUGUAUGACUCACAAGUAUGAGGGGCAUUGUGAAGUUAUGAGUAGCUUUUAAAGAAGAGCUUUCAUAAAGUUUUCUCCAAAACAGCUCAGGGAUCAUAUUAAUAAAAAAAGUAUUUAUCUCAGACUUAUGCCCAUCUCUUAAAAAUUUCAAAUCCUUGUCUGAAACGAACUUUAAGUCUAAGUGUGAAAUGGCAAAAAAGCAAAGUAUGAAAUGGUAAAAAGCAAAGUAGUGAAAUAUUUCUCAAUUUCGAGUAAAUAGUGCAACGCUUUUUAUAUUUUUAAUGAAUUAACAAAUACAAUAACUUUUUUAUAGAUUUUGUAAGGAUACGAACAUAUGAAUUUGUAAAUAGGUAUAGUAUGAGUAAAAUUAAUCGCGCUCAAGGUGCGUGUAUUUUUUGUCAGUGUUUAAUUUCUUGAACCAGCGCUGUUCCAUUGCUCCCACACAACGGUGCUUCCUUUCUUAUUCUUUUUAUUCAGUAUAAAGGAAAUGAUUCCCUAGUCGAAAAUGCUAAUACAGUAUCAUGAAAGAGGUACCCUGAAGGGUGCAUAAAAGCUGCAUGAGGCUCUGUUACUCAGAAGGCAAAUGAGACGCCCCCAAAACAACACAAGGUAACUCAUUGUUACAGAGAUGCAUUUUAUCUUCGCUAAAUAACACUAUUUAUUACUUUAAUUAUCAGCGUCAGUGCAUCAUUCCUUCCUGUACAGCUCUUUAAAGACAUCUCCCGUCAAGUCUAUCACGAAUAACACUUCCGCAGGUGUAGUCUCUUAUAUCCAACAGUGUAGAAUUAAUCAAGUCAUCUAAAACAUGCAGACGGGGCUGAUGAAUCUUUAGUAGAUGGGCUUGGGCUCCUUAGCGGACGGCCAUCUUUGUUUGAUUGAAUUGGCAUCUCAAAUCUAAGACCAACUUUAAGCACAACUUUAAGAAUAAAAGUUGAUCUGAGACAAGAAUCAAUACUUGAGAAUACCUUCUGAUAUGGUCCGAGGGCCGGUAUGUAGAAAAAUUCAAACAUCUCAUCUCCUCUUGGUUAAAGCCAUUCGUAACUUGAAAGUCCUUCUCAUAGUUGGAAGCUAAAUUUGUGAGUCAUACAGAGAAACUCACAAGGUGAAUCCUAAUUGUGAACUCAGUGAUUUAUGAGCUACUCUUAGGAAGGCGCUACACGGUGUUUUUCCACUACUAAAUGCGUUAACCUUAGGAUAAAAAAAAAAAAAACUCCAGUCACUUAAAGGAUCAUGUUUUGGGGUUACGAUGUUUUAUCUGUUUCACUUGUUAGAUGACUAUAAUUUUAAUUAGUUUUCUUAAUGGUGAAAGAGUUAAGGUAUUUUAAUAUGCUUUUGUUUUGCUAUAUUGUUUACAGUACAGAUUACAGUUAAAGAACUCGCAAGGCAUUAUUGAAUUUGUGCUGGACCAAUGUUCAUUUUGUGCCUUUUAUAAAGAUUAUUGUACAUUUUUUGUUGUCAAUAAAAUACUAUUACUACUAUCA